AUGGUCGAGCCACAGCCCGUAUCGAUUGAAGCUCUACCUCGAGCAGGGCAGAGCGUCCAGCAUGAAGGGAAGGAAUAUACUACAAUCAACGAAGGGCUCGCACAUAUCCUUGUGCCUUACGACACGCCCACCUCUCUGGACCCGAAUAUGUCCAAAGAGGAUACGCAGAAGCAACAGGUCUUUUACAAUCCAAUCCAGCAGUUCAAUCGUGAUCUGAGCGUCUUGGCCAUUAAGACGUUUGGCGAGGAUUCGAUCACACGGAAGCAGGAAAGGCAUGAUCAGCAGAAGAAGAAGGCAGACAGGAAGAACAAGAAGAGGGUGAAGAAUGAUGUCGCCAGUAAUGAGUCAGCUCCAGAGACAUCUACGGUCCAGCUCGUCGGUGCUGCUGCAAACAAAAGGAAGCUGGACGACGGCGAGGCAGCCGUGAGUACGGAAGAGUCUGCAGCCAAGCGAAGGAAGAGCGUUCAGGAUAACACCGACGCUGCCAUGUCUGGCACCGAAGAUGUAAAUGCCGCCGCGUCCGAAACAGAGAGGCCCACAGAACAAUCGCCGUGGAGACCACCUUUUAGCAUACUAGAUGCUCUAUCUGCGACUGGCCUUCGUGCGCUACGAUACGCAAACGAAAUACCGUUUGCGACCUCUAUCACAGCUAAUGACAUGUCGGAAAAGGCGACACAAUCUAUUGCGCUCAAUGUGAAGCACAACAGACUCGAGAACAAGAUCCAAGCUCAUACUGGCAAUGCGAUUGCUUAUAUGUACAGCUUCUGUGACAAGAAAGGAUAUGAUGUGAUCGAUCUGGAUCCCUACGGCACCGCCUCUCCUUUUAUAGAUUCGGCCAUACAAGCUAUCAACGACGACGGCCUAUUGUGCGUCACCUGCACCGACUCUGCCAUCUUCGCUUCCCAUGGCUAUUUAGAGAAGACCUUCUCCCUAUACGGCGGUUUACCGCUAACCGGUGAUUCCUGCCAUGAAGGUGGUCUCCGGCUGGUACUACAUGCUAUCGCGCAAUCUGCAGGGCGAUAUGGCAUGGCUAUAGAACCUCUGCUCUCCCUUUCUAUCGACUACUAUAUCCGAGUCUUUGUAAGGGUGCGAAAGUCACCCAAUGACGUGAAGUUCCUUGCCGGGAAGACUAUGCUCGUAUACCAUUGUGACGCAGGAUGCGGAGCGUGGAAGACGCAACCCUUGGCUCGGCAUAGGGAACAAAAGGCGAAGAACAACAGCACUUUUUAUAAGCAUGGGUUCGCCCAUGGCCCCUCUGCAAAUGAACACUGCGAGCAUUGCGGAUUCAAAACACAUGUGUCCGGUCCGAUGUUUGGGGGACCUUUGCACAAUCCAGAGUUCAUCAAGCGGGUUCUCGCGCAGCUGAAAGUUGCGGAUCGAACAACAUACCCUACGAUGGAUCGCAUCGAAGGCAUGCUUCACACCGCGCUGGAAGAAACAACCUUUGGCGCCGAAGAGAGUGCCAGCAAGAGUAAGGAGCCAGAGCGCCUAGAUGCAUUGAUUCCAAAGGCAGACCCAGCAGUCUUGGAUCAUCACCCCUUCUUCACAACCACCAGUUCGUUGUCCAGAGUAGUUCACUGCUCAGCUCCGCCUACUGCAGCUGUACGAGGUGCCCUUCGCCACGCUGGGUUUCGGGUGACCAUGAGCCACUGCCGACCCGGCUCCAUCAAGACGGAUGCAUCGUGGAGGGACAUGUGGCAUAUUAUGCUUGAGUGGGUUCGCCAAAGAGCACCACUGAAGAACGCGCUCAAACAGACCAGCGCAGGUCACGCCAUCAUGUCAAAAGGAAGCGCUCAUCAGAAGGCAUCGGCGGGACAGCGGCCAAAAGAGAUUACAGACGUUGCAGCGGCGGCAGAGAUUUCGGCAGCAGAGUUGCAAACCACUGGUGAUGGGAUUCCAGAAAGAACUCUCAAUGGUGCAAUCGCGGGCACCGGAGAUGCUGAACAGCAGGGCUCGGAAGGAAACGGCGAGCUGACGGGAACGAAAGGCGGCUCAAGUGAUCGCCCUUCCUAUUUGGGUGUCAAUUUCGAAGUCAAGUUCGAUGAGCGGCUCGGCAAGGACCAGGACAGAGGGAAAUAUGUGCGCUACCAGGUCGCUCCACGCGAGAACUGGGGUCCCAUGUCGCGCGCGAAGUAG